UCCAUUCCUGAGCCCAAAACUCAGAAGCGAAACCACGUCACGCGGACGCAUCCGUUAUUGUUCCUUCAAUGGGGGUAUUCUCGGCACUGGGCCGCCCAUCUCCGACGCUUUAAAAACUAACGAGAGUAGCGGUGGAUGAGCGAAUGCGAGGACAAGCUUCCCAUGUGCAUGCGGGAGAGGAGUGAGUUGGAGUUGUGAAGCAGAAAGUUGUUGCGAGGAAAAGAAAGGCGAGAUGUUGGUGGAGAUGACGCCCGGCGUCGUCAGCCAUGGAGGAGUCCUCGAGGAGCAGCGCCUCGAGCGGCAGAUAGGCUGCAUGACCGGCUUCCUCCAUUUGUUUGAUCGCGGCCACAUCGUCGUAGGCAGGCGUGGCUUCUCCGCUCGCCGCCUCAGCACCGCCUCGAUCGCCGGAUCGAGUUCGCCGUCGACGAGAUCGGACUCUUCUUCUCCGUCGUUGUUUAAGGAGAGCCAGCCUCCUCCUCCCUCUUCGCCGGUGGUAUAUCCUUCCUCCCCAGAGAGCCGCGCAGGGACACCCGCCCGACGAUUACUUCCCCUGCCGCUCCAGAUUUUUGAGGCCGGCGAGGGAGGGAAGACGUCGUGCAGGAUCCGCGACGGCCCCAGACUCUCUCUCGACAGUCGCGCGGUGCUUGACGCGAAGGGAAAGCUCCAUCCGCGGCAGAUCCGGACGGCUGAUCCGGUAAACACCGGAGCCCAAUCUGACGGCUCCGAAGCAGGGGACGAGCAGAGGCGGUCUCCCAGCGUCGUUGCGCGGCUAAUGGGGCUAGAGGGUUUUCCAAGCCAUAGAAGCGAAGGCGGAGCUGAGCCCAUCGGGGCCAAGCUCCAACGAUCUGCCUCCGAGUCACGAAUCCGUAAGGAUCUGUCGUGCUAUGGCUUCGUCGGCGUGAGCUCGAUGCACAAUGCGCAUCCAGGCCCCGCCAGAUCUGAGCCGAUCUCCGCCGAGGAGUUCUUUAAAUCGGUCAGCCUGGCUAAGUUCAAACUCAAUAACACGACGAAGGCAAUGCCGCCGUCGAAGAAUGGACCGCUACCUCCGCUACAGCGGAAGAUCUUCUUUGACGCCGAGGACAUCUUCCCGGAGUCGAAGCGCCCUGGGACUCUAUAUGGAGAGAUAGAGAAGCGGCUAAGGAUGCGAGGAAUCGACGAGCCUGCGAAGGAUAUGGAGACGGUAAAGCAAAUUUUGGAGGUACUCCAUCUAAAAGGACUCCUCCACUCCAACCCUUCUCCUCUAGUCGGUGGCUGCCGGAAUCCUUACAGCAACCAAUGCCUGACCCACGAAGGCGCUCCAAUAGUUAUUAUGAAAUCCACAACCAAGGCUCUACGAGGGCGUACUGGCGAGUCGCCUCUGCUGCUGCCUAAAAUCGGCGCUGCGCCCCAGAGCCCGUCGCUUGUCCGUCGUGAGCGCACGCCAGUUGAUAGUCUCUUAAGAGGAAAUGAGCGGAGGAAUCGAGCCCCGAAGUCGCCUGAGAGCCCGAGCUCACCGGUGAACCGGCGACCACAAAAUGAGGUGGCACACAGGCGUUCACAACCCCAACGGAGGACCUCGCCAAUCGUCUCCCCAAAAUCUAGUCCAAAGAUUUUGGGGCCGGAUUUUCUUGCUGCCCGAUCGCCGAGAAGCCGGCGGCCAACGAAUCCAUCAUCGGAAGACAGAGUUUAUUCACCGGCGGAGGACGAUACCUCCACAACGUUUUUCGAGAACAGGGCCAUUGUGUCCUCUCAAUAUGACUUCGUGAGAUCAAAAGCAGAGGAGUACAGACCAGAACGAAAUCUUUUAGAGCGGUGCGACAAGCUAUUGCACAACAUCGCGGCGUUCACCGGAGCGGAGCAAUCCACAGCAUCGGAUCUGCAACCAAGCCCCGUUUCCGUUCUCGACUCGCUCGCGUUCCUCGGUGAGGAGGGCUCGCCUUCGCCCUCCCCCCUAAGCAAGCGGUCCAUCGACUUCAAAGAUCUGCUGACGGACGACAGGGAAGAGUCGCAGUGGUCCUCGACCGAGUCGACUAUAGAAGGCGACGCAAACGGUGGACUGGAGGAUGGGAAUCCCGACUACCGCUAUGUCUGUGAGGUCGUCCGCGCAUGCGACCGCUAUGGCGAUGCGUGCGCAGCAGUGUACGCGGUCCUUGAGAAGCGCCGAGAAGCAAUCGACUCAUGCAAGGCUGACCGUCUCCACCGCCGCCUCCUCUUCGACACCGUGACCGAGAUCCUCGACCAGACACGACGGGUGUCCCCCUGGGACGCCUUCUCGCCGGCCAUGAUCUCCCCUCCGGCACCGGGCGAGGAGGAGGUGCCGCCUCGACAAGUAUGGGCAGAUAUCCGCGGCUUACGUGAACUGGCAUUGGCGGUGGAAGAAUGCGGGAUGGAUGACGCCGCCGUGGGCAGGGCGGUGCGGAAGGACAUCAACAGGAGCCUCAGCGACGGAUGGUCCCGACCGGGUCCCGAGAUGUCCGACACCAUCCUUGACAUUGAGCGGCUAGUCUUUAAGGACCUCGUCGCCGAGGCAAUCCGCGAUCUCGCCCCCGCUCGCCGCCUUGUUCCCCGCCGCAAGCUCGAAUUCUAAGAUUCAAAUCAAGCCGGCCCCCCAAACUUCAAAAUGUCACGCUUGGAUCCAAUUUGAACGGUUCCGAUGUAAUGCUACAAAGGUUGUAACCAUCACAUUAGUAAGAGAAUAAUUCCUUUUCUUUUAAGGCACGUGGUAAACACGUGGGCUAGGUUGACAUUGGCCUGGGCCCUUGAGUGGAUGAGACCGAGGGAGGCGCGGAAAUAUUGAAUGGGUCUCGAUGGCGGCAAAUGACAAUGCAAACCUAGACUCAUAUGGCGUUUGUCUUGUCAUUGGCUUACAAAGCCCAUGCCCACCUGUUUGUUUUUUUACCAGUAUAUUAAUCCUAGAAUGAUCAGUUUUA